ACUCAAUUUUUACUGAGAUUUGGCGGAUCUCAAACCAACACCAUACCGGAGCGUAGUCACAUGGCGCCCAACUUCGUGUAGAGGUGUGGUUCCCAAAGAGGCGAUGGCAAUGAAAACCGAGUUUUAUGAGCUGCGACUAGAUACCUUUGCAUAGACUAAAGGAUUUUAGAGCGAAAGUGAGGUUGAGAAGUGGGAUGUAUGGGUCUGCGAUUUCCUGGAAGGUUGAGGUGCAGUUCGUGAAGGCUUUUGUUACAGGGUUUAGUGGCGGAUUUGGUUGAGAUUUGUGCGGAAAUCAUUGCUCGAGGACGUCGUCUGCCAUGGCUAAAACGGACGGUACAAAUGAGCCGCUUCACUGAUAUGAGACAAAACCACAGAGCUAGCGGUGCAAAACUUUUCAAACAAUAAUAGCUUUAUCAGAACCAUCGAAUCACUUCCCUCACAUGGCCCCAUCUCCAUCACAGCCAUUGUUGUGAACCAGUAAGAGAGAGAGAGAGAGAGAAGAGAUAGGUAUCCUCAUCUCAUGUCUUUGUUGCUGAGAAACCCAUUUCCCCUUCUUCAUUCCAUAUCUCUAAAUUUCCCCAAACACCAGCAUAAGCGCUGCACGGCCAUGAUGGAGGGGUCAAAAGUUGAGGCAACCGACGAGAUGAAGAAAUUAGAGGGAAAAAAGGUGUUUGUGGCUGGAGCGACUGGCAUGACAGGUAAAAAGAUUGUUGAUCAGCUGCUUUCAAAAGGAUUCCAAGUCAGGGCAGGAGUUCGUGAUGUAGAAAGCGCAAAGAGUUCUCUUUCUAGCAAUCAAAACAUUCAAAUAGUUAAAGCAGAUGUCACAGAGGGGUCAGAGAAAUUAGCUGAAGCCAUCGGUGAUGCCGAAGCUGUGAUUUGUGCAACUGGUUUCCGGCCUUCCUUGGAUUUGUUUGCUCCAUGGAAGGUCGAUAACUUUGGUACAGUAAACCUGGUUGAUGCGUGCCGCACGGUUGGGGUAAACAGAUUUAUUCUUGUCAGUUCCAUAUUAGUUAACGGUGCUGCAAUGGGUCAGAUCCUCAAUCCAGCUUAUAUUGUUUUGAAUAUAUUUGGACUCACACUGAUUGCAAAGUUGCAAGCAGAGAAGUAUAUCAGGAGUUCUGGAAUUAACUUCACUAUUAUCAGACCUGGUGGAUUGAGAAAUGAUCCCCCAAGUGGAAGCAUAGCGAUGGAAUCUGAGGAUACCCUCUUUGAAGGUUCUAUAUCUCGAGAGCAAGUUGCAGAAGUUGCAGUAGAAGCGCUUCGUCAUCCAGAGGCUUCCUACAAGGUUGUUGAGAUAGUCUCUCGCACAGAGGCCCCUAAGCACUCGUUUGCGGAGAUGUUUGGUCAUAUUAAGCAAGGGUGACUUGUAGUGUUAAGUUUGAUGUAUAAUGAGUGUUAAGCAUAGGAAUUACUUGAAGAAAUUCAAGAUUCUUUGCUAGUUUUCUCUCGCAUCUGAUUUGAGCUCUAGGUUCAUGGAGAAUGGAUUUGUACAAGAGGUGAAACAAGAUCCAAAUAAUGUACAUGGAGAUGUCUUCUAGUAAAUACAUGAGACCAUUACAAGUGGAUGAAAACCCUGAGGAUGGAAGAAAGGAUGAAAAAGGUUAAAAUAUGUACAUAUGCAUCUUGCAUGAAACUUGAUUGAUGAGAGCUGCCCUAUAUAGAAACUGAAGAUGCCGACUGUUAUGAAGAAGAUUCCUUUUAAGAAUUGACGCUGACAUGGUUGAACAAUCCAAUGACUUCUUAAAUAUUUUGUCCUCCUUUCCUCUUAAGUUUUACUAUGUUUUUUUUAUU